AUGGAUAACGAAACAGCAAUUCGUCUUAUUGAAAUAUAUGCCUCCCAUAGUCCAUUAUGGGAUACUAGACGUAAAGAAUAUCACAAUAAUAACGUGAGAGAAGAUCUAUGGGAAGAAAUUGCGAAAAAUUUCGUUCAACCAAAAGCAGAUUUAAAAUUGAAAAUGAAAAGUCUUUUGAGUUCUUAUAGAAGGGAGAGAAAUAGAGAAAAAACAAGCAAUAUCACUGGUUGUGGUAGAAACAAGGCCUAUAAAUCUAAAUGGUUUGCUUAUGAAGCAUUCAGUUUUUUACAUGACAGGAAUAACCCUAUUGAUGCAGUGGAUUGUGGCUCACCCUCAGAGCCGGGUAAUACUGAACAAACUAUUCCGGAACAAGGCAUUUCAGAACAAGGCACUUCGGAACCAGGAACUUCGGAACAAGGCACUCGAGGCCAAGAUACAAAUACUAAGAAGUCGUCAAAAAAAGAAAAGCCAGUGAACAAGAGGACACGCCAAGAGGCAGAGUAUGAUGCUGAAAAUCAAAUGAUAGAAGAAGCGUUAGAAGUAAUACGAAAACAAAAUGACAGUUGCUUUUGGCAUGCACGUAGCAGCUGAACUAAGAAAAUAUGAUGCCACUAUGUUUACGCGAGUUAAACAUUCAAUAAAUACUAUACUAUACGAAGCUGAUAUGGAACGGCUCAAUCAAUUAUCAACACAAGAAUGUAACGCUGAAAACAGACGAGGAUAUUUCACUGCACAGUUUACCGAUCUUGACUCAUCAUCUUCUAGUAACAUGGAUACUGGCCUUACACAAUUGAUUCACGAUUUGGACACCGAUGUAAAUUAA